AAGCGAGGCAAUCCUCAUAUAGUGAUCGCCACUCCCUCUCGGCUGAAGACCAUUCUGGAGACGGGUAUCGCACGACUCGAUUACGUGGACUUCAUUAUCGUCGACGAGGCGGACCUCAUGUUGCGAAUGGGCUUAGGCUCUGACUUUCAGUACAUAAUGAGCGCAUUGCCCGCCAAACGCCAGACACUGAUGUUUUCGGCCACUUGGCCGCAAUCGGUUCAGACGAUGGCCGACCAGUUUCUCAAAGACUACGUGCGCGUGAAUGUCGGCAAAACGCGAUCCAAUCAAUCGCUGACUGUUAACAAAAAUAUUGAACAAACGAUAAAAGUGUGCAAAGAGUGCGACAAAGAGAAGAUAUUGCUGGACAUUAUGAACGAAUUUGUGCCCACGAUAUCCGGAUUCAUCAAAACAAUCAUUUUUGUAAGACAUAAGAAAACGGCCGAUCGAUUGGUCCGUUCUCUGGCGCAGGACUCGUUUCCCGCCCGCGCUUUCCACUCAAACAAACACCAGCGCGAAAGGGAUUACGUUAUCAGAGAGUUCAGAAGGGGAAACAUUUCUAUAAUAGUGGCCACUGAUGUCGCCUCCAGAGGGUUAGAUUUCAAAGACGUAAAGCUCGUCAUUAACUAUGACUUCCCGUCCAAUCUGGAGGACUAUACCCAUCGGAUCGGCAGAACCGGUAGACAUAAGGAGAAGGGACGGGCCGUCACUCUAUUCACUUCUAAGAAUAUUAUACACAAAACAAGUCUUAUAGAGCUGUUGACAGAAGCGGACCAAAACGUUGACCCGAUUUUGCUUAAUUUGACACCAGAUUCCGAUCCAGAAUCGGGUUCUACUACUACUGAAGACUCUGGUUAUGAGAGUUCAGGUGAAUACGAGUCUAACAGCGAUAGCGAGUCCAACAAUUGGUCGGACGACGAGAUUAUUAGGAAAACUAAUGAUAACGACAAGAAAGUUAAGUAAUGUAUAGUUUUAUAAUUUUAAGUCAAUGUUUGAUUUUAUUUAUAAAUUUAUAAAAUUUGUAUUUAUUUUACAUAUUAUUAAUAAAUGUGAAUUAAAAUUC